CUAACCACAGACCGAUCAAAACAACCUCCCCAUUCACAAGCAGACGUGGGGACAGACGUGGGGAGUGGGGUGGGGUCACGGUUGAUGCUGGGUUUAUAAGGGCCCAGUGUUUCGGCAGCGAGAAUUGCAGGCUCCAGCUUUGGUCUCCCACUGGAACCCAUCCCAGCCGCGGCCUCCGAGGUUCUUUCCUGCGACAGAGUGGACAAGAUGGGGCGAGGACUCCUCGUGGUACUGGCCGCUGUCCUGGGCAGCCUGUGGGACAGGUCGCUGGUCGAAGCCUGCAGCUGCGGACCCGCACACCUCCAGCAACAGCUCUGCCUCUCUGACGUGGUUGUCAAGGGGAAGGUGGUCACCUCGGAGGUGAUCAACGAGGACAGCGCUUGGUGGAUCCGAUACGACCUCCAGCAGCAGGAGGUGUUCAAGGGGCUCGAGAAGAUGGAUCCAGUUCAAUAUGUCUACACUCCCUACACAGACUACCUCUGUGGACUGGUUAUUCAGCCAGGGAGCUUCAACGAGGAUUACCUUCUGUCAGGCAACAUUGACAGAGAUGGGAAGUUCUACGUCACCCUCUGCGGGUUCAACAAGCCGUGGGCAGAAGUCACGUCAGCACAGCGAAUAGGACUGAAUGGGACGUACGAGGCCAGCUGUGAAUGCACGAUCAUCAACUGCCAUUCCCUCCCCUGCAGCCUGACUGCGGAUAACCAGUGCCUCUGGACGGAUGGGCUCUUCUCCAGAGACUGGGCAGGCAACCAGGCCAAGCGGUUUGCCUGUCGGCCCCGGUCCACCGGCCUUUGCCACUGGGAGGCACUCAAGGCACGUUCCAGCAAAAGCUCUGUCAGAGCAGAAAGACAUUGAAACCCGACAGCCAGAUCAAGCGGGGGAUUACAGGGUAACCCUCUCUGGCUUGGAGAACACCCACCCCUCUCCGGCCAGUUCAGUUUCCCGGUGACAACCCUUUUCCUGUGCCUGUUUUCAGCUUCCCCCCAACCCCCACCCCACCCCCAAUCAGGUCGGGUGGAAGAACACAGAGACUGUCCAAUCCUUCAGCCCCUCGUUGCUGAGCGCCUCUCGCCUAUCUGCCCCCGUAGCGUGUUUCUCUUGCCAGCAAACAGUUGAUCUUGAACUUCUCUCCCCCCUCUCCACCGCCCACCCAGCCUGGCUCCCUCUCUCACCGCCAGAUCUCCUUCCCUGCAUUCUCUAACCCUCUCCGCUCUCCCUCUCUCUUUCUCCCUCACUCCCUCUCUCUUGAAUCUUCCUCGCCCAAAUUCCCCCCUCUCCCUCUCUCUCCAUCGCUCCCUCUUGUUCCACCAGUGGGCCAUUCUAGAUUCUGCCUCCCUCCCCCUGUCCUUCACCCUCUCUGCCUCUCCCUCUAGAACUUCCACUCACUGUCUCUCUACUUCUCCUCUGUGUGUGCCUCUCUCACUCCUUCUCUGUGUGUGACUCUCUCUCUCUCUCUCUGUCUCUCCCUCUUCUACCUCCCUUUCUCUGACCCCUCUCUUUUUCUCUCCUGUCCCCCUCUCUCCUCUGUCUAUUUAUCUCCUUUCUUGCUCUCUCUCGGAGACACAGACACAUCAAUUCUCCCUAGCUGUCUCCACCUCGUUCUCUCUCUCUCUCUUUUCUCCCUCUGUCUUCCUACGUCUCCUUUCUCCCUCCUCCCCACCCCGCACUGACGCAUUGCUUUCAGUGAAAACUCCCCACAUCAAAGAGGAUACCCAGCCUCUGGCUCCUUCCUUGCAAAACCCUUCAACAAAGUGGCUCCUAUUCGAGGGAGACGUUCUCCACCCUAGUUUACUUAGAGGGAAAUUGCAAGUUCUCAUUCCAGACUGGUGUUUUGAGAAGAAGGCUGCUUCACUGAAGGAUUGUCACGUACAAAAUGCAUUUAAGUGUUAUUUAUAU